AUGGCUGGUUGUCUGCAAAGUUCCAAACUUUGUAAAACGCAGACUCUUUUGACAGUGCUGCUUCUUGCAUCUGCUCUGAGUUUUGUUUCAGUAGAUGCAGAGCCGUUUAACCCAGCUCACCUGUAUCGUCACAGAUCUGGACCUGAUGAAGACAGUAUCAUCGUUGCCAACAAUGGGAUCAGAGUACCAUUAGGAAGGUCUGUAUUUCUGGACCCUGUGAAUGACCUGGUAACAGAAGUGGAGCCAGGUGACCGAUGCCAUAUCACAGUUCUGGAUAAUGACCCACUGGCCCAGAAACCUGGGAUGCUAACCCCUAAAAAGUUCCCCUGCUCAUUUGGACCAGAUGAAGUGAAAUACACUCAUUUUGGAUCUCGGAGUCCCAGCAAGGACCGUGUCAAGCUGCAGCUUCGUUACGACUCCCAAACCGACACAGUUAUCAUCCCUUUCAUGCUUGAAGUGGAGGUCGUUUUCCAGCAACUUGAAAUCCUCACCAGGAAUAUGCCCAUUAAUGUAGAGAAGCUCAAUGGUGACAGUAACCCUAUUGACAAAAAAGGUCUGGAGUUUUCAUACGAGGAUGGCGUUACUCAGUGUAAGAUUACCACUCUGGUCGGCGCUGGAGGUCUUCCCAGGUAUGGCACUCUUAUGAAUAACCCCAACAAUGGCCAAAUGAUUGACUGUGAUGAUUUUGUGAAACAGGGCAUUUUCUACAAGCACACAGCUAAAACCAAAUCACCAAACAGAGACUAUAUUCCUAUGAUGGUAGAGCUACAGGAUAAUGAUGGCAACGCUAUCAUGCAAGAGCAUUUCCAAAUGAUGGUUCGAAUCAGAGAGGGUGCAGAAAAUACCGCUCCUAAACCCAGUUUUGUAUCCAUGAUGAUGAUGGAGAUUGAUCAGUUUGUGAUGACAGCUAUUACAAGUGAUAUGCUGGCAGCUGAAGAUGUUGAAUCUGACCCUGAUGAUUUAAUUUUCAACAUUACUUCACCAUUGGAUCCACAACAGGGUUAUAUUAUCAGCACAGAUGAUCAAAAUCUGCCUAUCACCUCCUUUUAUCAGAGAGACAUCAAAGAUCUGAAAAUAGCCUAUAAGCCACCCUCAGAGGACUCAGAAGUAGAGAGGAUUUUCCAGCUAGAGUUUGAAAUUGUAGACACUGAUGGUGCUGUGUCUGAUCCAUUUGCUUUUAUGAUUGUGGUGAAGCCUAUGAAUACCUUGGCUCCGGUGGCUACCAAAAAUACUGGGCAGCUAUUGUUUGAAGGGCAGUCCAGAGCGCUCUCCAGCUCCCAGAAUUUAGAGAUUAGUGACGAGGACAACCUGGAGGAUGUAAGAAUCACUGUUGUUGAUGGAUUAAAGCAUGGAGACCUGACCGUGCUUGGCUCUCGUAGGAAAUUCUUUACACCUGCUGAUCUCGACGCAGGCAUUGUCAUUUACCAGCAUGAUGGCACCGAUACCUACAGUGACAACAUUAUUUUCAGAAUGACUGAUGGCAGUAAUGAAGUGGAGUUUUUAUUCCCCAUAACUAUUGCUCCCACUGAUGACGAGCCUCCUAUUAUUAAUGCUAACACUGGGCUGGUACUGUUCAAAAAUGAAGUGAUGCAGAUCUCUCCCUUUAUUUUGAGUGCCACAGAUAUUGAUUCAGAAGACUCCACCAUUAAGUUUAUCUUGGAAGCUCCUUACUCCAAUGUAGGAGAGCUCCUGCUGAGACAAGUUGAGCCUCCUUCUGAUCCAUCACUCUGGAAAUUCAGUGAGACAGAUGAAAUGUUUGAGCAGGUGGUGACUGAAUGGUUUCAGCAGGAUAUUCUUGAUGGAAAGCUGUUUUGUCGUCACAUUGGGCAACAUAGCACCACCACUGUUAUUGAUCAGUUUGUGUUCCGUGUUCAGGAUGAUAAUGACCCUCCGAAUCAAUCAGGGGAGCACAUUUUUACAAUCAAAAUCCAUCCUGUCGAUGACCUGCCCCCAGAGCUUUGCCCUGGCACCACUCUACACAUGACAGUCCAAGAGUAUGAGCUGACCCAUUUUAAGAAGAAAUUCUUGUGUUAUACUGAUCUAGAUUCAGAGGACAGGGACCUGAAGUACACCAUUACAAAGCCUCCAACCGACACUGAUGAGAACAACCCAGCCCCCUUGGGUGAAAUCGUAUUGACUGACAACCCUGACACUGUAAUUACAGAGUUCACACAGGCUCAGGUUAAUCACCACAAAGUAGCUUACAAGCCCCCAGACCAGGAGCUUGGCAUCACUCCAAAAGUGGCUCAGUUCACAUUCAUUGUGGAAGACACUGCUGGAAACACUGCAGAUGGAUUAUUCACUAUUUUUCUUCAACCUGUUGACAACAAACCUCCAAUAAUCACCCACACUGGAUUCACUGUCAUGGAAAGAAGUGUAUAUAUCAUUACUAGGAAGGAGCUGCAUGCCACUGACACAGAUACAGAUGAUGAAAACAUCAUCUUCACUGUGGUCCAGAUUCCUCGAUACGGCCAACUUCAGUACUUGGGAAUCGACAUGACAAACGGUGAAACAUUUGUGCUGGAAGAUAUUGCAAAUGGCCGCCUAACUUACAUCCAUGGUGGAGAGGAAUCUCUUAGUGAUUCCAUUAAGCUGGAAGUCAGUGAUGGUUUCCAUGAGGUGCCAAUUACUAUUAAGAUCACCAUUGAUCCAGUUGAUGAUGAGACCCCCACAAUUAUGCUCCCAGAUGGCCUUCUCGGUGCCUCGAUUGAUGUACUGGAGAAUGGAGCCACAGAAAUCACAAGCAAUGUCAUACAGGGCCGUGAUGAAGACACAGAUGAUCUCAUGCUCACUUUUAUUGUUGAAGAGCCUCCUAAGCUGGGUGAGAUCCUGGUGAACGGUGCUCCUGCUGAAAGAUUUACCCAGGCGGACAUCAUUAAUGGGGUGGUGGUGUAUGCUCACACAUCUGGUGAAAUUGGGCCAAUCAAAGAACACGACUCAUUCAAUCUGACUCUGUCUGAUAUGUCGGAUCAGUGGGUGGUUGGCGGUAACAAGGUUCAAGGUGUGACAGUUCACGUCACAAUCCUUCCAGUCGACAGCAUCUCACCUGUUGUCAGUGUUGGAGAACAAUUUGUUGUGAUAGAAGGGAAGAAGAAUGUCAUAACUCUGGAUCACAUUCAAGCUGAGGAUAUUGACACAGAUAAUGAUGACAUCCUUUGCACCAUCAUUGUUCAACCUACAUCUGGCUAUGUGGAGAACAUCUCACCAGCUGCAGGAUCAGAGAAAUCCAGAGCAGGGACAGCUAUCACUGCUUUCAGCAUUAAAGACAUUGCCCUUGGUCAUAUCUACUAUGUGCAAAGCAUCCAUAAAGGUGUUGAACCAGUAGAAGAUCGUUUCACUUUCCGCUGCUCAGAUGGUAUUAACUUCUCAGAACGUCACUUUUUCCCGAUAGUCAUCAUUCCAGCCAAUGACGAGAAGCCUGAGAUUUUUAUCCGUGAGUUUUUGGUAAUGGAGGGCAUGAGUCUGGUCAUCGACACACCAAUUCUAAAUGCUGCAGAUGCUGACAUUCCUGGAGAUGAGCUACACUUUGAGAUAAUAAAAAAUCCCAAGCAUGGUACAAUAGUUCAGCAGCUCAACACUGGUACCAUCCCUGUGACUAAGUUUGACUUGGAGCAAAUCAAAGAGGCAUCCAAUAUUGUCUAUGAACAUGAUGACUCUGAGACCAAAGAAGACAGCUUUGAAAUCAGACUCUCAGAUGGGAAACACACAGUGGAAAAAACAGUUCUUAUCAUGGUUAUUCCUGUUGAUGACGAGACACCGAGGAUGGCUAUAAAUGAUGGGCUUGAUGUUGAGAUCGGAGAAACAAAAGUCAUCAGUAACAAGGUUUUGAAAGCCACAGAUCUUGACUCUGAAGACAAAGAGCUCAUUUAUGUAGUGCGUUACGGCCCUGGACAAGGUUACCUUCAGCGAAUUAGCAAAUUUGGUGAUGUUUUAGGUAACAUUACCCUCGGGAUGAACUUCACACAGGAUGAAAUCGACAAACAGCUCAUCCAAUAUGUACACACCGGCCAGGAAGGAAUCCGUGACCUGCUAAAGUUUGACGUCACAGAUGGCAUUAACCCACUUAUUGACCGCUACUUUUAUAUCAACAUUGGAAGUAUUGAUAUGGUCUUUCCAGAUGUUAUUAACAAAGGUGUGACUCUCAAAGAAGGAGGGAAAGUAACUCUUACCACCGACCUUCUCAGCACCACAGACAUCAACAGUCCGGAUGAAUACCUCAGUUUUAGCAUCACGCGAGCCCCUAGUAGAGGCCAUCUAGAGAGCACAGACCACCCAGGUGUUCCCAUUUCCACCUUCACACAAUUGCAACUUGCUGGCAACAAAAUCUAUUACAUCCACACUUCUGAUGAUGAAAUGAAAAUGGACAGCUUUGAGUUUGAAGUGACAGAUGGGUAUAAUCCAGUCUUUCGUACCUUUAGAGUAUCCAUCACUGAUGUAGAUAACAAGAAGCCUGUUCUGACCAUCAACAAACUAUUUGUUGAAGAAGGCGAAAACAAACUCAUCACACCAUUUGAGUUAACAGCUGAGGAUAGGGACACACCAGACAACUUGUUGCGCUUCAUUGUCACUCAGGUUCCAGUGCAUGGGCAGCUGCUUUUCAACAAUACUCGAUCAAUCAUAACUUUCACCAAACAGGACCUCAAUGAGAACCUUAUUAGUUAUAAACACGAUGGCACUGAAAGCAAUGAAGACAGCUUUUCAUUUACUGUUACUGAUGGCACACAUAAUGACUUCUAUGUCUUCCCUGACACCGUGUACGAGACACGCAAACCUCAAAUGAUGACCAUCCAUAUCAACACAGUAGACAACGGUGUUCCCCAGAUCGUGGUUAACAAAGCUGCUGCCUCACUUAAAGUCCUCCAAACCGGCCACCUGGGUUUCCUGAUCACGAGCAAGGUGCUUCGAUCAGAGGACCGGGACAGUAACCAGAAGGUCCUGAAGUACACUGUGUCUGAGACUCCUCUACAUGGCUUUAUCAUGAACACAGCCCUGGGCAAUGACAGCAUCGAGACCUUCACACAGGCUGAUAUCGAUGACAUGAAGAUCUGUUAUGUGUUGUUGGAUGGAAGCAACGCCACAAGUGACAUCUUCUACUUCACUGUUGAAGAUAAUGGUGGAAAUAAACUGAAGCCUCAGCCAUUCCGGCUCAACUGGGCGUGGAUCUCUCUGGAGAGGGAGUAUUAUUUAGUGGAUGAGGACGCCAAAUUUCUGGAGGUGACACUCAAACGCAGAGGCUACCUCGGGGAAACCUCCUUCAUCAGUAUCGCCACCAAGGAUGGUACAGCUGAAAAAGACAAAGACUUCCGUGGCAAAGCCCAGAAGCAGGUUCAGUUCAACCCCGGCCAGACCACAGCCACCUGGAAGGUGAAGAUCUUUACUGACCAGGAGUUUGAGACGUCAGAGACCUUUGAGAUCCAGCUGUCAGACCCAGUCAUGGCUGUGCUGGAGUUUCCCGACACCGCCAUAGUGGAGAUUGUGGACCCUGGAGAUGAGUCAACUGUGUUCAUUCCUCAAGCUGAGUACAAGAUUGAGGAGGAUGUGGGGGAGUUGCUGGUGCCGGUCCGUCGUUCAGGAGAUGCCAGUCAGGAGCUCAUGGUUGUUUGUUACACUCAGCAAGCUACAGCCACUGGUACCAUACCCAGUACUGUGCUGUCCUACUCCGACUACAUCACCCGACCGGAGGAUCACACCAGCGUUCUGCGUUUUGACAAAGACGAGCGAGAGAAACACUGUCGCAUCAUAAUCAUUGAUGACUCCCUGUAUGAGGAGGAGGAGAGCUUCAAUGUGAGCCUCAGUAUGGCCAUGGGUGGUCAGGUGGGCGCCAACUACCCCUCUGCUAAAGUUACCAUCCUGGCAGACAGCGACGACGAGCCCUCAUUGUAUUUCGGGGAACCUGAGUAUGUUGUGGAUGAGAGUUCAGGCUACGUUGAGGUAAAGGUCUGGAGAACCGGGACUGAUCUGUCCAAGACCGCAACCGUCACCGUUCGCUCCAGGAAGAGUGACCCUGUCUCUGCAGAAGCUGGAUUGGACUAUGUAGGCAUCAGCCGCAAUCUGGACUUUGCCCCUGGAGUGACGAUGCAGACAUUUAGGGUGACCAUCCUGGAUGACCUGGGUCAGCCAGAGCUAGAGGGACCAGAGACCUUUGAUCUGGUUUUACGGAUGCCCAUGAAUGCAGUUUUGGGGGAACCUAGCAAGACCACCAUCACCAUCAAUGACACCAUCACUGACUUGCCAAAGGUUCAGUUUAAGGAGAAAAGCUAUAAAGUGGAUGAAUCUGAUGGAGAAGUAGCAGCCAUCAUUUAUCGCAGUGGAGACAUUAACCUGAAGUCGACGGUACGCUGUUACACUCGCCAAGGCUCUGCUCAGGUCAUGAUGGAUUACACCGAAAGGCCCAACACCGACGCAUCAGUCAUCACUUUCCUACCAGGUGAGAGCGAGAAGCCAUGUGUGGUCAGUCUGGUGGACGACUCCAUCCAUGAGGACGAUGAGGAGUUUCGCCUGGUGCUGGGAAUGCCAAAGAGCAAGUCUCCAUAUGGAGCCUCGGUGGGGGAACAGAAGGAAGCGCUGGUCACUGUGACCGAUGACAAAGACAAGUCCAUCAUCCGUUUCUCUGAGAUCAAGUUUAGUGUGCGUGAACCCCAGGUUAAAGGAAACCUGGCAAUUGUGAAGAUACCUAUCCUGCGUCUUGGUGACACCUCAAAGGUGUCAGUGGUGAGGGUGCACACCAAGGAUGGCUCUGCAACCUCUGGAGAGGACUACAACCCACUGUCAGAGGAUGUGGAGUUUAAGGAGGGCGAGAAGGAGCACUUUGUGGAGAUUGAGAUCCUGUACGACGGCCAGAGAGAGAUGCGAGAGGCCUUCACCGUCCACAUGAAGCCAGACGACAACAUGGUGGCCGAAGUGCAGAUGAACAAAGCCAUUGUAUACAUUGAAGAGAUGGACAGUGUGGCGGACGUUACCUUCCCUGCUGUGCCUCAGGUGGUUUCCCUGCUCAUGUAUGACGACACAGCUAAAACCAAAGACAAGCCCCACCCACCCAAUGGAUAUCCUGUUGUGUGUGUGACGGCCUGCAACCCAAAGUAUCAUGACUUUGACAAAACCGGUUCCAUCUGCGCUGUGGAGAACAUCAAUGACACUCUGACCCAGUACCGCUGGCUGGUCAGCGCCCCCACCGGCUCUGACGGAGUGACCAGCCCCAUGAGGGAGGUGGACACCAACACUUUCUUUACCAACACCAAAUCCAUCACCUUGGAUUCGAUUUACUUCCAGGCCGGCUCCAGGGUUCAGUGUGCAGCCCGGGCCUUCAAUGCCAACGGAGACGCGGGUCUGGAGCUGUCCAGCCCCAUCACUGUGAUCAGCAAAGACGAAGGUAUGUGUCAGCCUCGGAUCCCAGAUACUGUUGGAGCUGAACCCUUCUCGGCUAAGAUCCGCUACACCGGCUCAGAUGACCCGGACUUCCCCAAUCUUAUCAAACUGACUGUCAACAUGCCCCAUAUGGAUGGUAUGUUACCAGUCAUCUCCACGAGACCCCUGUCCAACUUCGAGCUGACCCUGAGUCCCGAUGGUACACGUGUGGGAAACCACCGCUGCUCCAACCUGCUGGACUUCAACGAGAUCCAAACGGGACACGGCUUCAUCACCGACGCCACCAAGAACCCUGAGAUCAUUGGCGAAACGUCUCCGUACCAGUACAGUAUGACCAUGCGCUCAGCCAACUCCCUGCGCUUUUACCGGAACCUCAACUUAGAGGCCUGUCUUUGGGAGUUCACCAGCUACUACGACAUGUCAGAGCUGCUGAAUGACUGCGGAGGCUCCAUCGGCACUGACGGACAGGUUCUGAACCUGGUCCAGUCCUACGUCACCCUGCGCGUUCCUCUCUUCGUGUCAUACGUUUUCCACUCACCGGUAGCCGUGGGGGGUUGGCAGCACUUUGACCUGCAGUCGGAGCUCAAACUCACCUUUGUGUACGAUACAGCGAUUCUGUGGCAGGACGGCAUCGGGAGCCCACCUGAGGCUGAGCUUCAAGGAGCGAUGUACCCCACCAGUAUGAGGAUAAACGAGGAGGGUCGUCUGGUGGUCAACUUCAAGACCGAGGCUCGCUUCAGGGGACAGUUUGUUAUGUCUCAUCCAGGGACAAGUGUGUCGUCCAUGGUGAUGUGUGCUGACCACCCCGGGCUGACGUUCACCCUCGCCCUGGUCAGGACUGAACCCACGUACAACCAGCCCAUGCAGCAGUGGAGUAUUGUCUCAGACUUUGCCGUGCGUGAUUACUCUGGAACCUACACAGUGAAGUUAGUCCCCUGCAUUGCUUCACCCAACGGCGAGUUCAGCAUCCCUCCCAUCUGCCACCCACGAGAGCCUCUCACCUUUGACAUGGACAUACGUUUCCAGCAGGUGAGCGACCCUGUAGCAGCAGAGUUCAGCCUCAACACUCAGAUGUUCCUGUUGUCCAAGAAGGAGCUGUGGCUGUCUGACGGCUCCAUGGGCUUCGGAGAAGGAAGUGACACUGCUUUUUCAGAGGGCUCUACUAUCUAUGGUCGUGUGAUGGUGGACCCGGUCCAGAACCUGGGGGAUUCCUUCUCUUGUAGUAUUGAGAAGGUUUUCCUCUGCACCGGAGCCGAUGGCUACGUUCCCAAGUACAACCCGACCAACAAGGAGUACGGCUGCCUGGCAGACUCUCCUUCUCUGCUCUACAGGUUUAAGAUACUGGACAAAGCUCAACCGGAGACACAGGCCACAGCGUUUGGGGACGUUGCCUUUAAAGCCACAUUGGCUCAGGACACACCUGGAGCUUUACCUUUGGUCAAACAGCCUGGAACUGAUGGAUUCACACUCUCCUCAUCUCCUCUGUUCCACGUGGCUGCUGGUCGAGAAUGGUUCAUCCACACCAUUUAUACUGUCCGCUCCAGAGAAAACGCCAACCGUAACAUUGGGAAGCGCAGUGUGGAGUACCUAUACCACAGCGUGUCGUCUAUGGAGGAGCCCCACAGCUCUGACGUGGCCCCCAGCCGCCACCGCCGCGCCGCCCCCUCUUUCUCCGGCCCCGCUCUGGCUCAGGAGAUCGGCAUCGAAAACAACCGGGGCACCAACAUCCAACACAUCGCUCUGGACCGAGCAGACCGUAUGGUGGUCAGCCAGCGCCAGCCCUGGUCCCCCGGCCGGGACAGGGAGCGGGACCCCCUGCUGGAGCGCCCCCUGCUGGAGAGCUCAGGCAGGGACCCGGCUGACUCCUCCACACUGCCCAUGUUGGUGGGACUGGCAGGGCUGGUCCUCCUCAUCUGCCUCAUCGCCACCAUCGUCAUUCUGCUGCUGAGGCGUAAGAAGAGGGAGAAGGAGAGCCACUUCCCUCCUUAUGCCUCUUCCUCCUCCUCCGCCUACAACGGCUACAGCCACAGCUCGGCUCGCAUGUGGAGCAGCUCAGACAGCUCUGAGGUGUAGACGUGCACCGCCGUCCCCUUCCACAGACGAUGAUAGUCUCCAUCACCAUUGUGCCUUCAACACCUGUAACACAAGCACUGAAUAGAGCCCAGUACAUCCUGAGGACAGCACACGUUAUGUCAGUGCUCGGGGCCUGAAAUGUAGAGAACACGGCGGAGGUUUCUGAAAUUCAGAGCCACUUUAAAAAAAUGACCUGCUUUAUUGGACGUCAGGUUGUAAAAUAUUGCUGUUUGCAAAUGCAUGAAAGAAACCCAACUUAGUAAAUGGCAUUUAGACAUUUUUCCACUCCAGUAAAAGUCAGCCGUAUUGAAAUUUCAACAAAUAUUGUUCCUCCUUUAAAGGUAGUUUACCAUGUUUUUAAUACUAUAAUUCACUGUUUAUUUUUGUUGUUGAGAGUAGCGUAUGCAUUGAAUGGUAGUUGAAGCUGACCUUGAAUGAUAAUGUGAUUAAUGUUUGUUAUUUCACUGUUGUGCUUUAAAAAGCCUGCAGUAUACGUACAUGCCCACUGCUUAGUAAUAAUACCAAUAUGGUGUCAUUGAAAGGGAUUGUAAAUGUCUUUUUUUUUUUUUUUUUUGAGAAUGCAAUUUGUUUUUUUUAUUUUACUUUUUACAGUAAAGUAUGGGUGCAAUCAGAUGCAAAACAAUCUGUGUACAUAUCGAUGUAGGACUGUGGAAACAAAGGUAUUAAUACACCCUGGUGAAACUUGAAAAACAAUGAACCACUCAUCAAGCCCUGAAAAUAAACAAAUGCAGUAUCGAAAUUAGAAUUAUUCUACAUAUGACAGUAUGUUUUCAUGUGUCAAUUAUUAUUAGGCUUACUUUUGUUACAGUUUGAGGAGUCUGGAUGUUUGUACACUACCACUGCCAAAUAUAAAUGUCCUUUUUUGAAAUUUUUCACAGUGCACACUUUUUUUUUUCUUUUAUAGAAAAUGGGAAAUUUAUUUGUGAUGUUCAAAAAGACAUUUUCUACUUCACAUAGAAAGAUAAAAGAACACAGGUUUUAUUAAAAAUAAAAAAGGGUACAUGUUUCAAGCAAUGGAAUGUGGUACAACCAACAGGCAUAAAUACAUUUAUUUCAAUUAAGUACUGGA